AUGGACAAAAGAUACGGCAAAAAGACCUUGUUCAUUCUUGAUGGGCUAGACGAAGUGUCCCGCGAGCUCGACACCGGUUCCAUUAGCACCAGCGCCGGAAGUGUGAUCAAAGUUCUGUUGAGCCAGGAAAAUGUCAUAAUCACAUCUCGCCCAUACGGGCCCGGUCCGCCUCGUAUGGACCUAAUCCUGGAGACGAUUGGUUUCCAUCCCCAUCAAGUCAACGACUAUAUCGGCAGGUGUGCACCACCUGGAACAGCCGAGGCCAUUUUGACUUUUGUGAAAAGCCACUCGCCUGUGGAGGGAAUAAUCAGGAUUCCUAUCAUGUUGGACGGCCUUUGUUACGGCUGGAAGAGCAUUGCAUCAAUUCCGGGCAGCGAACCAACGACCGUGACAGCCCUGUACAAGUCUAUCGAGAAAAUGCUUUGGAUCAGGGACGCCAUUCACCUCGAAAAGUCUCGACCUGGUGUAUGUUCUCCUCUGGUUGAAUCCGAUCUUCGGGCUGCGACUUUGAGAGACAUCAUUCCCUUAGUACAAGCAGAGAGAAAUUUCCUUCAGUCGCUCUCCUUCUCUGGCCUCGUUGGGGAUGUUGUUGAGUUUGAUCCCGCAUACCGGGCCUUCUUCCAGAACCACGUGGGCGAGUUUACCAAGUUUCUGCCGCAACCAAAAACGGCGUUCUGGUCCAGUGACUUGGAUCAACUCUCUUUUAUUCGCACUUCGGACAUGGAAACGGCCGACGAAGAUCGCAAUUACCAUUUCAUUCACUUAACAUUCCAAGAGUUCUUCGCAGCCCAGUACUUUGUCGAACGCUUCAAAGCCCGCCAACCACUCGUUUUUCUGAGUCGGAAGCGAAAACAGAAAUUGGUCUCCCCUGACCUCUUCCUGGGCAAGAAGAAAUAUGCCAGCCGCUUGAGUGUCAUGUGGCGCUUUGCUGCUGGUCUACUU